AUGAUGCUCGCCCGAUCGUCUGCUUCACAGAAACCAAAAGCAUCAUCUUAUUCCGCUGAAGAAAUGAUGGCCUUUUGGUCUAAGCAAGCGAAGUUAAACCCGAAACUCACAAGACCCAAAGACGAAUUCUCGAAAAAGGAGCCAUCAAACCAGUCCCAAGCCAGCAGGGAUCAAAAGUUCAAAUCACCUCAGGAUUCCGACGUAGGACCCUCCGUUCGCUCGAAUUAUUAUCCGAACACACCGCAAUCUAUGGCCAAAGUGCCUGAGAACCAUGCAAUGGAACAGAAACAAGAGGAACCGAGUUCACCAUUUCCCAUUCCAUUCUCACGAAGGCCUCCUAAAAUCACCAAGGAGCUUCCUGCGAGCCAUUGGUUAAAACUAAAUCAACCAAACCAAUCACAGCAACCCAGGAAGAACUAUCGAGGAACGAGUCAAAAACUCCAAUCGGUAGGGAUGAAAAGCUCAAAUCAAUCCAAGAUCCAGAUGUAG